UAUAGGCUUAGCUCUCCCCUGUCGAGCGAAUUACAUCUUUCAAGCAAACACAUAGAGAAGGGAGCUCAUGGCAGGUAACGGAAGAAAAGCAACUGUAGGAGGAGGUCCGGCGAUCGGAAUCGAUCUGGGAACCACAUACUCUUGCGUUGGAGUAUGGCAACCCCAAAAUGAUCGUGUUGAGAUCAUCACCAACGAUUUAGGCAAUCGUACCACGCCGUCAUGGGUUGCCUUCACGGAACUCGAGCGUCUUAUAGGUGAAGCUGCCCAGAACCAGGCCGCAAAGAAUCCAACCAAUACCAUUUUCGAUGUGAAGAGGCUGAUAGGUAGAAAUUUUAGUGAUGAAACAGUACAGAAUGACAUGAAGCACUGGCCAUUUAAAGUCAUAGCUGGCCGUGAUGCUGGUAGUGGAGAGAGACCUAUGAUAGCUGUGACUUACAAAGGUGAAGAGAAGCACUUUGCUGCUGAGGAGAUAUCCUCAAUGAUCCUCCAGAAGAUGUGGAAUAUUGCAGAGGCAUACCUUGGCAAACAAGUCAAGGAUGCUGUUAUCACUGUUCCUGCCUAUUUCAAUGAUACUCAGCGCCAAGCAACAAAAGAUGCAGGUCUCAUUGCUGGACUUAAUGUCUUGCAUAUCAUCACUGAGCCCACAGCUGCUGCAAUGGCCUAUGGUCUUGAAAAUAAAGGAACGAAAGGUGGUGAUUUUGAUUUGAAGAACAUACUGGUUUUUGAUCUUGGUGGUGGCACUUUUGAUGUUUGUAUUGUCACAAUGGAGGGGGAUGUGUUUGAAGUCAAAGCAGUUAAUGGAGACACUCAUAUUGGUGGAGGGGAUUUCAACAACAGAAUGGUUAGCCACUUUGUAAAGGAGUUCCAAAGGAAGCACAAGAAAGAUAUAAGCUCAACCCCUAGGUCUCUGGCACGGUUGAGAGCAGCUUGUGAGAGGGCCAAAAGAAACCUCUCUUCCGCUUUUGAAACAGCUAUUGACAUCGACUGUCUGUUUGAGGGAAUCGAUUUCUCUUCAAAAAUCACCCGCUCAUUAUUUGAUAAAUUGAACCUGGAUCUGUUCAAUGAUUGUAUGGAUUUAGUUGAAAAGUGUUUAGAGGAUGCCCGGAUGGAGAAGAGUGAUAUUCAUGAUGUUGUUCUUGUUGGUGGGUCUACCCGAAUCCCAAAGGUUCAGGAGUUGUUAGAAGCCCUUUUUGAGGAAAAGAAGGUCUGCAAAAGUGUAAACCCGGAUGAAGCGGUUGCAUCUGGAGCAGCUUUUCAUGCUGCCAAGCUGACUGGUAUAUGUAUUGGAGUGAAUAAGGAUGUUGUACUUGUAGAUGUUGCUCCUUUAUCUCUUGGUAUUGAGUUAAAAGGUGGUGCCAUGUCUGUUGUGAUCCCAAGGAAUACCCCCAUACCUACGAAGAUCACAAGGAAAGACUACAAAACUUCAAAUGACAACCAAACCCGUUGUCUUUUCUCAGUGUACGAGGGAGAGAUGCCUGUGGCAAAAGACAACAAUUUUCUGGGUGAAUUUCGCCUGACUGGUGUCCCACCUGGUAAUGCUAAAUUGAAUGUCAGUUUUGAGAUUGAUUGUGAUGGCAUAUUGACUGUGACAGCAGAACUAGUAGGCAGUGACAACUGGAACCAAAUCACCAUAACUAGUCACAGCGGGAGAUUGUCAAAAGAGGAGAUUGAUCGUAUGAUUGAGGAGGCGGAGGAUUACAAUGCUGAAGAUGAGGAGUUUAAGAAGGCAUCCAUGGCAAAAAAUGAAUUGGAGAAUUACAUUCUCUAUGCAAAAGAUAUUUUGAGAGUCUGUGGAAAGAGGGUGGGAGCGCAAGACAGGAUAGCUCUUAAAGAUGCAGUUGAUCACACUGUUGAAUGGUUAGAGUGGAAUGAACAGCACAGUGAGGCUUUCGAGUUUGAUAACAUGAGAGAGGAGAUGGAGAGCAUUUGCGAGUCUAUAGUAACAAAGAUGAAACCUCAGCAGGGAAGGCAUAUGUCUCUUCAUUAGAUGGUUGAGGCUGAUGAAGCUUGAUAAUGGAAAAUCAUUUAACCUUUUGGUAUUUCAUAAUGCUAAUGUUUUCUUUAUUCAGUGUGCUGAAUGUUGAAACUCGUUUUUGUUUUUUAAUAUCCUUUUUGUAUUGAUCUGAUGCAAUGCAUAAGAGUUGACUGUUUUGUUCAUUCCUGUAACAUCCUACUCUGUGCAUCAAUUUACAGUCUUGCUUAUUAUAUGCCUCAAAGUUUUAGUAUCC